AUAAGCAAUGCGCAAGGAUCACAUAACGGAGUUUUGUCCGGCAUGAAUGGACAGAGUCUUCUUCCACAGGUACCAUCGAGACCGCUGAAUAAGAUUGUAUGGAACGGUCAAAUCGCUUGGCAGGCCAAUCAGCCUGGAACGCCGCAUCGCCAGGAAUUGAGUUGCGAUAUUUUGGCUGUAGCUAUUUCAAGCAGCACGUCAAACAAUGUGUCUUUGGAUAAAUACCAAAGAAACUUAUGGCCUGACAAGAUGGUUAUAACAGGCGUCACAUCUACAAAGGACUUGGGCCAUUCAUCCGAAUCACAAUCGUAUGUAUUAUUGUGUCCAAACACACAACCUGGACCUAAUGCGUCCCAGAAUAAGGAACGAUUUGAGAUAUUGAAGAGAUCAUUAGAAAAGAGAAACAUAGUUGGGCAAAUACGAUUUCCGGACUCGCCAAUACAAAACACUGGAAUGGCUAUUUUCGUUAAUAAAGAUCAAUUAUGUGGGAAACUAUAUUUGGACUCACCCAUGCCACGUAAGCUGGUGAAUAUUCAACCUGGACAACAGCAGCCAGUGAGACCCAGCACGAGUCAACAAACCCAACCACCAUCACAACAGAUAGCCCAGCAGACGUCGCAGCAGGCGCAACAGCCUCCACAACAACAGGUGCAACAGUCACCGCAACAAUCGCAGGUAAAACCUCAACCUCCACCUCAAAUAAUUCGAACAUCUCAGAUGCAAGCUGUUCCGAUGCAAACAGCCCAGUUACAAGCAGCGCAGAUGCAAAUGCAACAGCUUCAAGCGUUACAACAAAUGCGGG